GGACGCGGAGGUAAUCCUGUUGCUAACAAGAGCUAGCAAGUGCUUCGUUCUCGUUAACGUAACAUAUAAGGAUUUAUCACGACAGCGGCAAUAGAGGCUGAACCAGUUGUUAUGUAAUCUGAAGAGAGUGUGUCACACACGCUGUCCUCUCGUAUUUACGCUUCAUGGUUGCAUCUGGCUUCUUGCUAACAUAACUUAAGUUAGCUUGCUGCUAAGUUAAUUAAGUUAAGUGAAGUCUUUAGCGUUUCCAUUUGCUGCCAAACAACGGCUGACACCAGAUUACCCACUGCCAUCUCAGCCACCUGCGCUGUUAGCAGAAGAUUGCUCGAUGUAUCACAAAGAGAAGAGCAUCCAGAUCAAAAACAGCGCGUCGGCGCUGUACAACAACCUCAGCGUGCUGCGCAUCGCCCCGCGGCGCCUCACCUACUUCACGGUGGUCCAUGCUAAUGUGGUCAACAUGGUCAGCGCCUCCUGGGACGGCCUCAACUAUUCCCACCGUCAGCUGCAAUCCAAGGAGCCCAAUGUCGCCACAAGCACAUCGCUCAUCAUGCAGGCUGCGUUUUGUGUCCUGCCCUCUCGAGAUCUGCUGGUGGUGACCUCUCAGAAAGGCAUCCAGAUGUAUGAAUCUGAUGGCUCUAUCAUGGUAUACUGGCAUGCACUGGAUACUCCGGAAACACCUACAGCUCAGGCCGUGUUUGCCCGAGGGAUAUCAGCAGUGUGGGAGAAUUAUAUAUGCGUGGGUGUUUCAUCUGGUUCAAUUCUAGUAUUUGAUGUUCCCAGUAAAGGCAGUAAUAUCACCCUGUCUGAGGUCCUGGAGGAGCACAAGGAGUCCAUUACUGACAUGGCCUCAGAGUGCUCUGGCAGCCAGGAGUGCAUCGCUGAUCUGGUCAGUGCAGAUGAUGGGGGCAACCUGUGUGUAUGGAAGUCUGGGGAGGAAUUUCAGCUGCUCAACAAGAUCUCUGGGUUUGAUAUGAGCUGCUCAUCUGUCAAGUUGUGGAAAGGUACAGUGGUGGCAGGUUACGGGACAGGCCAGAUCCGUCUCUAUGAGGCAGUAACGGGAAUUCUGCAUGCUGAGGUCAACGCCCACGCUCGCUGGAUAUACUCUUUAGACAUUGCUCCUUUUUCUGGCCUGCUUCUGUCUGCUGCUGAGGACUCUCUAGUCAGGGUGUGGCACCUGACCAUGACCCCAGAGACCAACAGUGUGGAGGUUGCUCAUUUGCACAAUGAGUGCGUGACGGACACACAAAUCUGUGGCGCCAAGUUCUGUGACGGUGAUGGUUAUGCUUUUGCAGUGACAGGCUACGACCUGAGUGAGAUUAUUCGCUACACCCAGUCCUAGGACUUUGCUGUCAAUGAGGCUGAGCAUAUGAAUGUGAAUUUAGUAUACUGGAGUGUUUCUGGAAAGAUAUGACGAAUUCAGAGAAAACAAAGUCAAAAGUGGUAUUUAACAUAAUCUUUUUGGGGAAAAGCAUUGUUUCAUGACAUUUCUCUGUCUAUAUAAGGUUAUAAGGAGAUAUAUAACAAAAUAAUGCAAAAGUAAUAUGUUUGUGUAAAAAGUGUUAAGUACACAUGUAUGUGAAUGUAGCUUUAAGAAAUACAAUAUUCUAUUAUUCUUUUUAAGAUAAUUAUUGUUAUUAUUCUCUCUGAUAAACUAACUGUACCAGUAAACCUUUUUGUAAAGAAA